UAAUAAUGAUGGCAGUGGUGGCAGAAGUGGUGGUGAUAGAGAUGACAACAGCAGAGGUAACAAUGGUAGCGAUGGUAGCAGCAAAGGUAAUGAUGGUGGCAGAAAAAAUAGCAGCAGAGAUAGUGGUAGCAGAGAUGAUGGCGGCAAAGGAAGUGGUGGCGGCAAUAGAUAA